CUGCACACACAGGUUGUUCACCUGAAGAGCAAGAGGAUGGACGCAGCAUACAAAAGAGUCAAUGGAAACUCCGGGCAAGAGGCAGAGACAGAGGAGCCAGGCACAGGGGAGAAUGGCAUCAACCUGACGCACAUCGAGUCCCGUCCGUCGCGGAUGGACAAAGACCAGUACAAGUUCUUCGUCAGCGUGGACCCCACCUGCUCCCAGGCUCUGGAUGACGUGAUCAAAGGCCUGGGUACACAAAUCAGUGACCAUGUGCAUGACCUGUCACACAACAAACAGAAGGACACAGUGCCAUGGUUCCCUAAUGACAUCCAGGACUUGGACCGCUUUGCCAACCAGAUCCUCAGUUACGGCUCCGAGCUAGAUUCUGAUCACCCGGGCUUCACAGAUCCAGUGUAUAGAGCCCGCAGGAAGGAGUUUGCUGACAUCGCCUACAACUACAGACAUGGCCAAAUCAUCCCUCGAGUGGAGUACACAGAGGAGGAAAAGGCCACAUGGGGGACGGUGUUCAAGGAGCUGAAGACUCUGUACCCACUUCAUGCCUGCGAACACAACCGGGUCUUCCCCCUGCUGGAGAAAUACUGCGGCUACAGGCAGGACAACAUCCCACAGCUGGAGGACGUGUCCCGCUUCCUGCAGUCAUGCACAGGCUUCCGGGUUCGCCCGGCGGCCGGCUUGCUCUCGCCCCGGGACUUCCUGGCUGGACUCGCCUUCCGUGUCAUUUAUUCCACGCAGUACAUUCGUCACAGAUCCAAGCCCACAUACACACCUGAGCCGGAUAUCUGCCAUGAGCUUCUGGGACACGUUCCUCUGUUUGCUGACUCCAGUUUCGCCCAAUUCUCACAGGAAUUCGGUCUUGCCUCCCUCGGUGCUCCCGAUGAGUUCAUUGAGAAACUUGCUGCAGUGUACUGGUUCACUGUGGAGUUUGGCCUCUGUAAGCAGGGCUCAGAGAUCAAAGCUUAUGGAGCUGGCUUGCUUUCAUCGUUUGGAGAGCUGCAGUACAGCUUCACAGACAAGCCAAAACUCCAGCCCUUUGACGCUGACAGGACCAGCAUCCAGAAAUACCCAAUCACAGAGUACCAGCCUGUUUACUUUGUUGCUGAGAGCUUUGAGGAUGCCAAAGAGAAAGUGAAGAAAUUUGCAGCCGCUAGCCCUAAGCCUUUCUCAGUGCGCUACAAUCCAUACACCCAGAGUAUUGAAGUGCUGGACAACACCCAGCAGCUCAAGAACCUGGCUGACAGCAUCAGUAGUGAAAUGGGGAAACUGUGUGAAGCCCUGCAGAAAGUAACUGCAAAUGCAAUCUGAGCCCAAGCAGCCUAAAGAUCUCUUAAUUUAUUCAAUAAAACUUGAAUGCUUGCAAAUUAGCUUUCUUUGUAUUUAAACAAAUAUGCCAAGUCAAAUUGGCAAUAUUACUGUAAUCCAAUUAGUUUUUAAGUCAGGUGAAUAAAGUGUAGCCUGUUAACAGCUAAAAUGGUACUGUCAUUAUUAUUACAGUAUAAGUGUUAUUAAGAGGGUUUGUCAGUUAACCUAAAUUAUCUCUUUAGUGACUUUGAUGAAUUUCAAACCCAAAAUGUAAACAUCAAAUUUUACUUUUAAUAUGAUGUAAAAACAAUAAAAAAAAAUGAAAAUCCUUUCUAUGCACUUCAAACCUAAAAUCAUAUUGACAGAUCAUUUCUGCCCCUAGCAUCCAUUUUGCUUGAC